AUCUUACAUGAAUGUGCAGUUCCCAACCUCAUCACACAUCACAGACAACUUGUUGUGGACAUAGAACAAGAGCUUUCAGAUCAAACGGCAGAAUAUUUUAAAGAAUAUGGAAGCUUUGGGAUUAAUUCCCGGGGUUGUUUUUGUGCUCCUACUAUUGACCCUCAUAGGUUUCCUUCUAUGCUUUGGAUAUGUCUUCUACAUGCACUUAAAGUUUGACCAUGUCCCUGGACCCCCCAGAGACAGUUUUUUCCUCGGACACUUACCAACAUUGAUGAAGCUGGCGAAGAAAAACAUGGUGAUUUAUGACCCGUUUUUGGAAUGGGUGGACAAGUAUGGUCCGGUAAUACGUCUUAAUCUCGUUCACAAGGUCCUAAUCUUUGUUAUUAGCCCUGAUGCAGUUAAGGAAUUCCUAAUGUCUCCAAAAUACACCAAAGAUGAUUUCUAUGAUCGCAUACACAGCAUGUUUGGAACUAGAUUUAUGGGAAAUGGUUUGGUCACAGAUCGAAACCAUGAACACUGGUACAAACAGAGGAGGAUUAUGGAUCCAUCAUUCAGCAAAAGUAACCUGAUGCAGUCAAUGACAACGUUUAAUGAUAAAGCAGAAGAUCUGAUGGAGAAACUAAGAGAAAAGGCAGAUUGGAAAAGUCACAUUGUAAUGCACAAAAUGAUGAGUAGAGUCACACUGGAUGUUAUUGCCAAGGUUGCCUAUGGGAUGGAGCUGGAUGCUGUUCAUGAUGAUCAAACACCAUUUCCACAAGCAAUUUCCAUGGCUAUGAGAGGAAUGGUAGAAGCACGGAAUCCAUUGUCAGUGUUUAAUCCAUUCAAACAAGAUGUGAUCAGAGAAGUGAAAAAGAGUCUGAAUUUUCUGAGAGACACAGGCAAAGAACGUAUUGAGCAAAGGAUUAAGGCGAUUCAAGAUGGAGAUGACAUUCCUAAAGAUAUCCUUACGCAGAUCCUUAAAGCUGCUGAGCUGGAAGGCGGUUGCACUAUGGAGGAUUUUGUAGAUAAUUUUGUUACUUUUUUUAUCGCAGGACAAGAAACAACCGCCAACCAGCUGUCCUUUGCUGUUCAGGAAUUAGCACGACAUCCAGAGAUACUAGUAAGGGUCCAGGCUGAAGUGGAUGAAGUUAUUGGCUCCAAAAGAGAUAUUGAUUAUGAAGAUCUUGGGAGACUGAAAUAUCUGUCUCAGGUUUUAAAAGAAACCUUGAGGUUGUACCCGACAGCCCCAGGAACCACAAGAACCACAGAGGAGGAAAGUAUCAUUGAAGGAGUGAGGAUUCCUGCUGGAUCUAAUGUAAUGUUCUGCACGUACAUCAUGUGCCGGAUGGAAAAAUAUUAUGCAGAUCCCUUGGUCUUCAACCCAGAUAGAUUCCACCCUGAUGCCCCCAAGCCUGCCUACGUCUACUUUCCAUUUUCCCUUGGGCCACGAACAUGUAUCGGACAAGUAUUUGCUCAGAUGGAGGCAAAAGUGGUCAUGGCCAAACUUCUACAGAGAUAUGAGUUCGAGCUGGUGGAAGGACAAAGCUUCAAGAUUUUGGAUACAGGGACCCUGCGCCCCUUGGACGGUGUCAUUUGCAGAUUGAGGCCUCGAGCAUCAAAGAAAUAAACUGCAUUACCUCAUUUCAUAGGAAAGAACAUUUUAAUUAGUUCUCAUUCAUAUGAGUGUACUGGAUCUAUACUCUGGUCAGUGGUAAGUUCACAUCUAUCCAAUUUUAAAAGUGACUACAUUCGGCACAUUUGCAAGUGUAUACUGUUUUUGUGUGGGACUCAAAAAUGUGGUCGACCGUGCCUUUGAAUCCCACAAAAACAGCAUUAUCCUGCUUCUUCUUCCCACUGCUGAACAUUAAAGGGGUACUCUGCUGGAAAAUAUAUAUAUAUUUUUUUUAAAUCAACUGGUGCCAGAAAGUUAAACAGAUUUGUAAAUUACUCAAAAAACCUUAAAGGAAAACUGUCACAUAUUUUCUCCCGCACUAUCCACCGGUAUUGGUGGAUAGUGCGGGAGACGCUGAUUAAAACGAGCCCUACCUUGGUCUGAUCCGUGCCGCCGUUCGCCCGCACUUGUAGUUUUAAUCUCUGUGUAUAUCCGGCUGUAAAUGGCAAAGGCGGUGCUUUUGCGGGCUAACUGACACUGACGUCAGCGCCGCUCAUGAAUAUUUAUAAAUUGUUGGCCAAGGAAGUCUCGCCUACCUUGUUAUCCCUCUACAAUUCAUACCUGACUGGGGGGGGGGGGGGGGGAUACCGACGGACUCUAACAUGGCAUACAUCAAGGUACUCCCCAAACCGGGGAAGGAUAGCUCAACGCCAGGGGGAUAUAGACCGAUUUCCCUCAUUAAUGUUGACCUGAAACUAGUAUCGAAAAUAUUGGUGGAUAGACUGGCGGGCAUUUUGCCGAGAUUAUUACUACCGAAUCAGGUCGGCUUUACUAAGGGACGGUCCUUGGUCACUCAUAUUCACACAGUUUUAACAUUACUAGAUGACUUGCAGCAAUGUCCUGAGAAGCAUCCCACUGUGGCAUUGUUAUCUAUAGAUGCCGAGAAGGCUUUUGACAAUGUCCGGUGGGACUGGCUAUGGGCUGUCUUACAACACAUGGGGUUUAGCGGACCCUUCCUACAUUAUUUGCAAGCUCUCUACUCUACACCAAGAGCGAGGAUACACACUACUGGCUUCCUUUCACCCACUUUCACACCACAAAAGGGAACAAGACAGGGUUGUCCUCUCUCCCCCCUGCUUUUUAAUCUGGCUAUUGAACCCUUGUCGCGCAUGCUACACUCCCUCAGAGACCGGUUUGGGGUGGAGCUGGGGGGACAGAGGAUUAGCCAUACGUUGUUUGCAGACGACCUACUGUUGUUCCUAGAAAAUCCAAGGGGGGGGGGGUAUGGAGAGAGUCUUCGCUACACUGGAGGCCUUCGGGGAGCUUUCUGGCUUUCAAGUCAACACUGACAAAAGUGUGCUCUUAGAUUUAUCCCCACCUCAUGCUGCACUUUAUAGUUCGGAAUUAUCAAGGAGGGUACAUUUGAGUCGUACGUCAUUCAAAUAACUAGGCAUUUGGGUGGGUCGAACACCGUCAUCCUUAUACGCGUUGAACUAUCCCCCAUUGAUACGCAAAAUCGAGGGUGAACUUAGCAGAUGGAUGACGCUACCUCUACCCCUUUUAGCGAGAUGUCAUCUAGUUAAGAUGCUGAGUUUUUUGAAAUUAUUAUAUCCCAUACAAACAUUCCCUAACUUCCUCUUUUACUAGGUUUAUUUGGGCUGGUAAGAGGCCUAGGAUUGCACUGACUAAACUAAUGCUACCAAGAGAGAAGGGGGGGGGGGGUUGGGUUCCCCGACAUUAGGCACUAUAACUUGGCGUGCCUCUUUCGGCACUGUAUUGACUGGUUAAGGGAGAGCUCCUGGUACUCGAAUGUUCGUCUGGAGGGAGGGGUGGCGACUCCUUGGACUCUCUCAGCAUUGCUCCAUGCAAAAUUUGCUCCUUUACCCGCUAAUAUCAAAAAGAGACUCCUUUUCAGAGAUACAAUAGGGGCUUGGAAGCGUUGCAGAGAGCUCAUGGACCUGCCUUAUUCCAUUAGUAAACACAUGCCGCUGUGGAACAUGCCGGAAUUCCCGAUGGGUAGAUCCAACAGUAUGUUUCAUAGUUGGAAAAGUAGGGGCAUAACUAGGGUGCAACAUCUCCUAUAUGCAACCGAACCCCGUUAUCUACUCUUCCCUGAACUCACUGAGAAGUACGGUUUGCGGGAAGGUCACUACUUGCCUUAUUGCCAGGUGAUGGCCUUUCUACGCCCAUGCUUAAACAAUCUGUCGAGGGAACAUGCCCAUACCUCUUUUGAUAGCUUCAUUACCUCCGAUGAUCCAUAUCAUACUCUGGCGGGUCUCUAUAGAUAUUUGACGAGGAAAGGGAGUGGGACAGGGAUGUCGGCCCUCUUUCCGUACUGGGAGAGGAAGCUGGCAGAGACUGACUUAGCGGUCCCUAUCUUGGAAGGUUGGGCGAGGUUAUGCAAGGCGGUUACGAACGAGGGGUGGAGGGAGACCCAAUUCAAGAUUAUGCACCAUGCCAGAUAUGGUUUUUCUCUGCGCAGGACAGCUGUUAAACCAGAUAGGUUAGAACAUUGCCCAAACUGUGGGUAAUUUAGGACUGACCUCUACCAUGGACUGUGACUCAGAGAUUUUGGAAGACGACUGUAUACCCCUUGAUGCGGAGACUUCGGUUGUACUUUCCCCUCUCUCCCAAGCUGGCAGUUCUACACGUGACGCCAGAUGAUAUGUCGACUCCACUGAUACUACACACGCUUCUCUUGGUGUCUAAACGAUGUUUACUGUCGCACUGGCUUUCUCAAUCCCUGCCAACGGAAUCGGAGGUCAUCUCACAGAUGUCACACUAUAUGCACAUGGACCAUAUUGAGUUAGUUAGGAUGAAGGAGAAAUCGGCAAAGAGCUUUUUAUCUGACAAAGACAUUAUCAAUGUAGUGAAGCCAUUUAAAGAUACGAUAUGGUACCUGACGAAAGAUUUGGCAGGGGACCUGGGUAGACUGAGACUACCAGACUGACACAAGGCGCUCUAGAGGUGGAUGUUGAGUGGGUUAGAGUCGGGCCCUCAGUUCACGGGGAACAACUCUCGCAUUGGUACAGGACCUCAUGUAUUCCUCUUCUCACUAGAAACGUAAUCACUCGAGAUUUAGGAUGUAUUGUCGUAUGUUCCCUCGGCUGCUUCUCUCUUGUCUUAUGCAAUUCUCCUUUGCAU